CUGAGACCACGACCCAAGUGGUUACUAGGCAGGGCUCUGUUGUUUUCGGUUGCCCCAGGCAACCAUAGCCUUGAUAUGGAAUGGACUCUGCCUGGCAAAUGUCGAGCGGGAGUCAAUCAAAAUGGACGAACAGGUCAGCCAGGCUUCGGGGGAUGAGAGUGUGGAGCCGGCGAGGGGCUUCCUCGAGGAGAUCAACUGCCCAGAGCCGGGCAUCAUUGAUCGCCAGAUGAUCGAGACAGCAUACCUGGGGGAGGGACAAAAGGGCGAGUCGAGUCGCCUGCAUCAGCUGGAGCCUGUGGUCUACGAACGCAUACAAACCAUGAGACUGGAGUUCAAGAAUCUCUUGCGAAUCGACCAUCUCUGGAUGUUACCCAAUCUCACCAAGUUGUGCCUCAACUGCAACAAAAUCGAAGUCAUAGAGCACAUUGGAAUGCUCACAGCGCUCAAGGAGCUGAAUCUCAGCUUCAAUUACAUCACGAAAGUCGAGAACCUGGAGACGCUGGUCAACCUGGAAACCCUCUCGUUGUUCAGCAAUCGCAUCACGAAAAUUGAGAACCUGGAGAGCCUCGAAAAGCUGGUCAUUCUCAGCAUUGGCCAUAAUCUCAUCGAUACGGUUGAUGGGAUCGAACGACUGCGCUUUGUAAACACCUUAAAGGUGCUUAAUCUGGAAGGUAAUCCCAUUGCCCAGCAACCAGAUUUCCCUUUAUCUCUCUAUGUGACUGCCAUUCUGCCCCAAUUGAAUUACUACGAAUAUGUUUUCAUCAAAGCGGACACCCGUGAUGAGGCGCGAAAGCGUUUCUAUCGCGAACUACGUGAGAUCGAGGACAAGCAAGAGCGUGAGAUUCAGGCCCUGGAAACGGCGGCAAGGGAGGCAGCCGAAGCAGAGCGACUAUCCUCCAGCUUUGUGGAGCAUCUAGAUGGCCAGCAGCUGUACGAUUCCCUGUGGCGAGACGACGAGAACGGGCGACUCCUAAUGCUGGUAGGGGCUACGGCGCAAGAGCUGACCGAGGAGUAUGCCAAAGACGUCCACCAAUUGACCCAGAAGAUCUACAGGCUGGGCCUAGAGCGCUUUGGAGAACGCGAUAAGGAGAUCCAAGAUUUUAACUCAAACAUGCAGGAAGGGCAGCAAGAGCUGCAGUCUCUGGGCCAGUCGCAGAUCGAAGAGUUUAUGCAAUACAAGGAGCGUACAUUCGAGGAGCUACGCUCGAUGCUGCGUGAGCUGGAGGAGAGCGAGGACGGAUCAGAAGCGUACGCACAGGUGGACACACUCAACAGACAAUUUGAUGAUGCCCUCAGCGACAUGUGGCAGAGCUUGAUGUCCCAGGAACUACACUUGCAUGAGGCUGUUGAGGAAUCCACGCGGAACUUUCAUCACAAAAUCUCCCAACUGAUGGCCGGCUUUGUGGAGCAAGCUCAGGUGUUCUUCCUGCAGCUACGCGAUGUCAGCGGCCACUUUGCAGACAUCAUGACGGAGAUGGUGACGCAAUUUCUGGCCACCAAAUUGGCUCGUCAGGAACUUGGUGCCGUGCCCAAGGAGUUGACAAUGUGUGUGGACGAUCGCGAGGCUGUCCUCAAACUGGUCGAGUGCAUGCGAACAACUCACAACUUGCGCAUUGAUGAACGCGAGGAUCGCAUGGCCACGCGCAGCAGGGAGUUCAUUGACAACAUGAUUCAGCAGCUGAACAGCAAGGAAGUGGACCGACAUCGUGCCAAAAUCUUGGAAAUUAAUUCGUUCAUGGAAAUGAUGACAGAGGCUCUGGCCAAUCUUCCACAGGAGUUGAACCAGGAAUAAGUUUUUGGGAGUAACAGUUUAAUAUACAAAAUUUCUAUAAUAAAUGCAGCACACUUUGGACAGCACCA